AUGGGUCGGACAGAAAAACAAACACAAAAAGAGGUCCGGCUCAAUCUCCAAAGUGCUGUUAUUGAUUGUGAAAUGUCCGCUGCCACGACCAAGCUUGAGCUCGAGUCCAACUUGAUCGUUAACUUGAAAUUGGUUGAUAAUUCCAGCACGCGUCUCGCCAAGUCCCAAACGACCUACGAAACGGGGUCACCCUCUCUGGUGGUGAGAUAUCUAACGCACCGUUUCAUCGGAGAUUACGACCAGAAUUUAGAAUCCAUGUACACACAGUCUGCAAAGAUCGAUGACCAGCUUAUUAACAUCAACCUGGUCGAUACUGCGGGAGAAUUCGAUUGCGAAAGUGCUACGCGACAGGAGCUGAUUCGCUCUUCGGACGGUCUAGUUCUCGUCUUCUCAUUGGUCGACCGGGAAAGUUUCAACUACCUUCAGAACAUCAAAAGUAUUCUGGUCAAAACACCCGGACGCGACGCAGAGAAAAUACCCGCCAUUAUUGUGGCGAACAAAUCCGAUUUGUGCCAUCUCCGCACCGUCGCGUCAACAGAGGGCGCUGAGCUCGCCAAGGAACUCGGCUGUCCGUAUUAUGAACUGUCCGCGAGUGAGGGCUAUAUAGACAUAGGGGAUGCACUCCACGAUUUAUGCAGGGAAAUCUAUCGAGCUGAGAAGCGAGCCAAAGUGAAGAAGAUAUCGGCGAGGCUACAGCUGCGACAGACCAUCAAGAAUUUCACAGACCGCCAUAUUUACAGAUCAAGAACAAACACAUUGUAACAUCGGUACAUACUUGUAGUGUUUGUUUUAGUUUAAGGAGGUACACAUCUAUUCGUUAAUGGGAGACUUUGGAACGCUAGGUGGCAGCAGACUUACCAGGUAAAUUUCCAUUGUUUACGUUGUUCUGAGCA